AUGAAGACCACUAAUAAUGAUGAAAUAGGAGAUCUUUAUGGGAUUUUAGAGAAACCAAAUAUCAGGGAGGUGCAAUUUGGUCUGGACAAGAGAUUUAGGACUUGGUAUGGUAUUACUGUUUACUUUGCUAAUGACAGAAAGUCUUUAGGUUACAAGUUCAAACAUUCAGGGACCAGUGAAAGAAAUCCUGAGCCGAAUGGCGACUACUUUUGGCUAGAUACAUUGCUUGUUUGCGAGUACUGCUUUAAAUACUAUGACGAAACGGACGAAUUCAUCGCGCACGAACGAUGUUGUCGGUAUAAAAGGCGACCGCCUGGUAGAAUCAAAUACUUAAGCCCUGAGUAUUCAAUUAGGAAAGUGAAGGGCACAAAACAUGAGUUGUUCUGUCAAUGUUUGUGUUUGUUCACAAAGUUGUUCUUGGAUAAUAAAUCAGUCUAUUUUCGAAUGACGGGAUACGAGUUUUACAUUCUAUAUGAGACUAACUCGAAUAAACCAUUGGGAUUUUUCUCCAAAGACCAGUAUUCUUAUAAUAGAAAUAAUUUGGCGUGCAUUCUGGUUUUCCCGCCAUACCAAAGACGUAAUUUAGGGACCUUGUUAAUCGAUUUCUCGUACAGAUUGUCUAAGAAUGAUGGAAUUAUAUCGGGUCCAGAACUUCCACUUUCCCCAUUUGGAUUAAUUGGCUAUCUAAAGUUCUGGUCAUUUUCAAUUGCUUGGCAUAUCACCGAAGGAGACCUUUCUGAUAGGCAUAAGAUUUCUUUGAAUACUAUUUCAGAAGUUACUGGCAUCAGAGUUGCCGAUGUUCUCACGGUGUUGAAGCACAUGCAAUGUCUAACCGAAAAUGAUGAAAUUCUUUUGCCCGUGGUCAGAAGAUGGGCAAAAGAUCACAAUGUUGAAAGGGGAUUUAUGCUCAAAGAGCAGUACUUGGUGCUUAAUGAUUAG